GUCCUAGAAAUGAUUUAAAGAUAAAAAAUAUAUCCAUUAUUUAACAACCUAACAAUCCAGGAUUUAAUCCAUUUAAAAUAUCAAGGCUAGUUGUAACCUUUCGUUUAUAUGACAUGGCUGAGAAGUUUCUCUGAAGCAUCCAGUUAAUUGGUUUGAAUUGGCAUUUAAUAGAAACAGGAAGUCCCUCCUGUCUGGUGCUAGACUGUAUGUGCAUUGACCCUUUGUAAUCGUAAACGCGUGUAACCCAUAAGGUCAAUAAAUUCCUUGCUGCACUAUAACUACUGCUUACUCAACAUCCAGCCACAUAAAGUGGCCUGUUGUUUUUGAUGAGACAGCGAGACUAUCCCACAGUUCGGACGAGGAAUGAAACUGGGAUUAAAGCGACUCUAACUUGAAGUAAGUAAACUUACCAGAAUCCGUCAGGAUGAUGUUCUUGUAUUUAUUUCUCAUUGUGGCUAUGAAUGAACUUGUUUCGUGUGGGUCAGCAGGUGUUCACUUAAAAAAAAAAAACGUCGGAUGGCUGACCCGUUUGUUCCAGUCCAUUUAUCUGUCAACUGGUUCAUAGUGAACAGCUCCAGUUUGAACAGAGGAGCGUCUCUGUUCACCGUAGAUGAGACCUGCAGCAGACCCAGAGGAGAGCAGAGUGACAGGCCAGGGAACACCGAGAAAGAAGAGAAACCUAUCAGUGCAACUCUGCUGGGCUAUGAGAUUCUGAAGGAGAGGGAAAAGUUCACGCUUAGAGAGCUGUUCCCCGGUUUCCAUCAAGUGCUGCCUCCUAAACGACGAUUCAAAGACAACUAUGAUGGAAGUUUUCUGGAGAAGAGGCGUUUGGGACUGCAGACUUUUCUGGAGAGUCUGAUGUUGCACAAACAUAUCAGCACAAGCGAACCUGUGAGAUAUUUUCUGUCUGUGGACGACCCUUUGAGUCCAUUUUACAGUACAGAGGAAAGCAGGGUGAGUUUAGCUUUUUCAGACGGGCUGAAUACUGACUUUCUGAUUCAGUUCAAACACUGUUUGUCUGCUGAGCAGGCAUUAUGUGAAACCCUGGAGCAAAAGAAUCAUCGUCUCCUCAGAGAACUCCUGGAAAAACAGAGAGAAGUCGACUCGUUAACCAAAUCUUUAGAGGAUAAAGAGAACUACAUCGCCCUGCUGUGGAGGAAAGGCAGGGCUUUGGAAUUCCAUCCACACAAAAAGGAAGACACACGUGAAUAAACAGACGCAGAAUUUGGGAUUUGGAAAUUCUCAGAAUGACAAACGAACCAGGGAAGAAUUAAAUCAAGACACGAACUGGAACUAGAAGCUUUUUAUCCUGAAUCAGCUGUAAGAAAAAAAAAGAACUAUUUAUAUAAGAAAAUGUAUUUAGAUAGUCUUUUUUUGAGCGCUCUUGAUAUGGUGAAGCUGAAAUGUUUGUUUUUCCAUUUUCUGUACCACUGAUGAAUAAUAAAGUCAGAGUGCAGCAGUAAUGUGUGAUUUAACUGCUUUAUCUUUAAGAG